CUCAUGUCAAACAGCAUUGUCAAUAGGACGUAAUUAUUCAUUUUAAUUUUUUUGUUUUCAAAAUUGUAGUGGUUCGCAAAUAUGUCUCGAAUUCCUAAAACAAGUGGUAUUCCAUCUCGUCUAGUAUCGGCAUCAGCUACAUUUACCAAAAACCAACCAGGGGAAAAUGUUACACACACCACGCAAAGAACUAGAGUAGCUCAAGUGCAGUCAUGUUGUGGUUCUGGUACAGGAGAAGCCCAAGCUCCAUCUACAAAUCUACCACAACCAAGAACGAGUCAAUUGCCACAAUCACGUUUACCACCUCCAUGUUGUUCAACUCAAAAGGCACGACAACCUUGCGCUCCUAAAGGAAAUCAAACAGGUAUACCUCCACCUAGGUCAAUUGCUCAACCUGGAUUUAGUAGACCUCCUGCCCAAACAGGAAUAUCGAAAUUGAGACCCCCUCAACCUGGAUUUAGUGGACCUCCUGUCCAAACAGGAAUAUCGAAAUUGAGACCCCCUCAACCCUCAGCUACUGCUCAGAGUCGUAGCUUAAGUGCACCUUCUUCUUCCCGUCAAACCAAUUUACCAACAAUGCAAAAAUCGGUACAAGAAUCUUCUAGACAAACUGUUGGUGCACAAGAAGGAUCAAAAAAUUUAACUUGCAGGAAAGAAACAAUGUUACCUAAAUCAGCGUUGAAACCACCGGAAAAAAUAGAAAGUAAAAUAAAAAGCAGUCUUUUAAAUAAAUCUUUGGCGAAACCUCGUGUCAAGGUAACGGCAAAAGCUAAACAGAUCACACAGGCACCAGCUGAGAGUAUGGAAACGCCAAAAGGAAUUGAGCCUGUAUUACAGAAAGCCGUUUUCGAAAAGCGAAUAGAGAGAGAUGAAAGAGGGGAGUCUCUUAUUAAGAAUCUCAAGCUCUCAAAACUCAACGAUCAAAAUGAAAUGGACCAAGUAGAAAUGGGUAUUCAACAAUUAGAUCCAAAUUUUCCAUCAAUGAAAUCUCGAGAGAUUGUGGGAGUUACCAGUACUAUUUCUGUAACGCCUUCAUACGCGACGGUCUCCAGAGAUUACGUUAGAGCUUUAACAGAAGAAAAAGAAGAUAUAGGCAUGUCUCCAGAGGAAGUAGCAAAAUUAGUUGAAGAAGAAAAGGAAGAUGUAGAUAACACCUUGAAAAUGAUUCCUCCCGAUUUAAUGUUAUCUCCAGGAAAAUACGAGAUGAAACAACGUUUACAACAAUUGAGAUUAAACUCCGAGUCAGUGGCUCUUUUAGAACAGUCCAUAAUACAACCAGAAAUUACUGCAGAUGAGGCUCAGUCAGAGCCAUCUCCAGAAGCUGUAGCAACUGUAAUGCACACCGUAGAAACCGGAAUCACUCCAGAUGCUACUCCGGAUCAAGUUUUUAACUCCUUAUUUCGAGAACCCCCCAAUGAGCAUUUCAUAAAUCUUAGUUCGGUAACUCCAGGUCCUCUGCAAGAUGUAGUAGUUCCCACUGAUAUACCUAAGGAAAUUCACAAGGAAGCCGUUACUAAUGAGAUGUCUAAAUUAACAGAAAAAUUAAAUAAUAUUCAACCUGGAGAUAUUCCUUACGUAGAUAUUUUCACUAAAGUGAUGUCUUACGAACAAAAAUCUCCGGUAAAGGGUAAAAACUUACCACGUACUUUCCAAAAAAUUUCGGAUGAAAAAUCUCUAUGGGUAAAUGCGGAUUUAGAACAUCUCGUGAAUGUAGUUGGUGCAGAACCUGCAGAUAUACUAGAUCCAUUCAACUUGGAUGAAUUAGAAAAAUCUGAGAAUUUAGAAGCCGAAAUGGCAAAUGGUCUCGAAUAUUUCCUUGAAGCUAAUCCAAUUCAAUAUAUGAAUAGAGUUCAAUUACGAGGAACACAAAUGCCAACGUACUUUCCUGGUUAUAUGGUGGCCGUUCCAGAUUUUCCAGAUCUGAUGAAAAUUGUAAAAACUCCAGAUGAAGUGUUUGCUAUCGCGUGGAAAUCGGUACAACCAAAGUAUUUCGACGAGGAAUCUAUGGUAUCUUUUAUGUGAUUCAUUUUUGACGAAACUAGUUAUAGUGUAUUAUAUUCUCUAGUAUGGUGAUGAAAUGAAGACUGCAUUUGAUAUUAAAGACAAUUUGAUAGGAGCUUGGCAGAGUUCAAAACAAAAAAUUGUACAAAAAAUGAUACAAACUCAUGAUAUGAAAAAAGUUAUUUAAGCUGAAGUUCCUCAAUUUCAUUAUGAAACUCCUGAAAAUAGAAAACGCAUUUGUUUUGUAAAGUUUUUUAAUGCAUCCUUCAAGAGUGCUAUGAAAAGAUUAUGUCCCGUUAUCUGGUACAGGUGAUAUUUUUCAAGAUUUUCAUAAACUGUUAUUGCUACUCGAUUAUGGCCAGUAUUACCCUCACCUAACAAAAACAAUGUGAUUUUUUUGCUAAAAUUACUUUCUAAUAUGUUUUGGCGAUUCUGCACAUAUACAUUUUCUCAUAA